CUUUACUGACAAGUUGUGAUAUGUCCAGGGCUGUGCAGGUAGACUAAUCCAGGGGGUGAAACUUUGUGUCCUGAUCAGCAGCUUUUUCCUUCCUUUUCUCAGUUACGUGUUAUGUAGAUCAGGCGUGUAUUGGCAUUGUCUCCCUUCCUCACUUGGAUGGUGCUGCGAGAGAGGAGUUACAAGGGAGAUCUGCAGUUUAAUGUAGUAGUUCGUUUUCCAGAAAGAAUAUAGAAUUAUAAUAUCCCUUUAAUGACAUCUAGCAUUCAUAGGUGAUUUGCUAGAGAACUGGGUUUAUCACAGGUUGCUGUGACAAGGGGCGUUUGUAACACGUGAAAGUCUAAAGACCUUUUUCCAGGUGAGCUUGGCAACAUGGUUAUGGGUGUGGGGGUCAUAAAAUUGCAGACUAUUUCAGGUUGGAGAAUCAUAGAAUAUCUCAAGUUGGAAGGGACCUCCCUGUUCCUCGCAGGACUCCUAAAAGUAAACACAGAUGACUUAAGAGCAUUGUCCAGACACUCCUUGAACUCUGGCAGGCUUGGUGCUGUGACCACUUCCCUGGGGAGGCUGUUCUAGUGACCAACCACCCUCUCGGUGAAGAGCCUUUUCCUAAUGCCCAAUCUGAACUUCCCCUGACAUGGCUUCAUUCCAUUUCCUCAUGUCCUCUUACUGGUCACCAGGAAGAGGAGGGUUGCGAGGGCUGUUCCCCUCCUGGCUGGCCCAUGGGCCCUUAUUGCCUGUUCUGGAGCUGGUGGCUGUACUCAGCUGUGCAACUGUCCCAGCCCAGCUGUUGGGAUCUUAACCCCAUCGAUUCUGGAACUCAGUGUAAUCAUUGCUGUUUUCUGCUGGGUGGUUUUGAAUGAAAAGUUCAUUUUAUCUUAGCUGUUGAUGAGCACAUAAAGGGAGACUUAGAUGGCAGCAGCAAUAUUGGGAUAGGCAGCUAGACCACCAUGGUGAAAGCUUUUGCUUUCAGUUCACACUCAAGUAACAUAAAGACUCCUGGUGAAACUUUCUGCAUAGAGGAGCACAAAACAUGAGCACAAAAAUGUGCCAGUCUGGGCUGACACACAGGGUUUGGCCAAAUCUGAAAUGGGGCCAGCCUGAAUGCCUCCUGUGUACAGGUGUCUGUGCUGUGAAUUUACUACUUUGGUGCAGUCAGGGGAAAGAAGUAGUGAGACUUACUGAACAGUGGCAUUGUUCUAGAGUUUUUUUAUCUCCUGGCCAAAUCCAAGUGAUUAGGAUACUAGUUGUCACCCUGUAUUUGUGUGGGAGAACCUGUUGGGGCCAGAUAUCUGCACAGGGGUUCGUGGUUCCUGAGAACCCUUGUUCUGGGUUCUGGCCGUGCACAUGGAUAAACCUCUUUCCUCAUCCUUUCUUGUAGUCUUAAGGAAAUAAGGAAAGUAAGGUACUGGUCAUCUCGCCGCCUGCGAGUCUUAACUUGGGUGGCCAGAGGCACCUGUGAUUAUGGAGGAAAGUCCAAAUCAAAUUUCUGUUCUGAAAAGUUUGCUGAUGGGACUGAAAUAUCUCGGUGGAUAGCUUUGGGGGAAUCUUUUAAUGCAGGAGGAAUAAAUGCAAGCUGUUUGUUGGCUUGGGUAUGUAGUGAUUCUAAUUUCAAAAGCAGGAUGCAAAUUUCUGGAUCUGGACUCUCCUAAGGGUCUGACUCGCUAACCUGUCCUGAAGCUGGGGACUUUGCUAGAGAGAAGAAAAGUCCUGUUCCUUCACAUCUGAACCUGCAGGAAGCAUCCUGUUCUCCUGUAGCAGAGGAAACCUUGAGGCUGUAAAGUAUGCUGGAAGCUGAAGCGCAAAUGAAGAAUGACCUCAAAAGAAAACGAGAUCAAGUUGUUAACUGCAGAAAUUGAGCGUCUGAAGAACUUUGGAUGCUUGGGAGUCUCCCCGAGUUUGGAGGGGUUGCGAGACGAAAACGCAAAGCUUAAGUAUCGGUUAAAUUUCCUUCGAAAGAGCCUUCAAGAGGAAAGAAGUAAAACAGCAAAAAGCAUGAUUAAUAUCAACAGCUGUCUUCAAGAGAUCUUUGGAGCUGCUAUUCAGGCUGCCUACCCAGAUUUAGAAAACCCUCCAUUAGUAGUGACGCCAAGUCAGCAGCCCAAAUUUGGGGAUUACCAGUGUAACAGCGCCAUGGGCAUAACGCAGAUACUGCUCAAAACCAAGGAACAGAAGGUUAGCCCCAGAGAAAUCGCUGAGAAAAUAGCAAAAAAUAUUCCUGCCAAUGAAUGCAUUGAGAAGGUUGAAAUUGCCGGUCCUGGUUUUAUCAAUGUCCAUUUGAGAAAGGAUUUUGUAUCAAAGAAGCUGAGCAGUUUAUUGAUAAAUGGAGUUCAACCACCAGCCAUCGGCAAAAGGAAAAAGGUGGUGGUGGACUUUUCAUCCCCUAACAUUGCAAAGGAGAUGCAUGUUGGCCACCUGCGGUCUACCAUCAUCGGAGAAAGUAUGUGCCGACUGUUCGAAUUUGCAGGUUAUGAUGUUUUGAGGUUAAACCAUUUAGGAGAUUGGGGCACCCAGUUUGGAAUGCUCAUUGCUCACCUCCAAGACAAAUUUCCGGAUUACUUAACUGUUUCUCCUCCCAUUGGAGAUCUCCAAGCUUUUUACAAGGAGUCCAAGAGGAGGUUUGACACAGAGGAGGAAUUUAAGAAACGUGCCUACCAAUGUGUGGUGCUGCUGCAGAGCAAAAACCCAGACUUCAUUAAAGCGUGGGAACUGAUCUGUGACGUGUCGCGGAAAGAGUUCCAGAAAAUCUACAACUGCUUGGACAUCACACUCAUAGAGAGAGGGGAAUCGUUCUACCAUGAGAUGAUGAAAGACAUCGUGAAAGAAUUUGAAGAUAAAGGAUUUGUCCAAGUUGAUGAUGGCCGGAAGAUCGUGUUUGUCCCAGGUUUCCCUGUCCCAUUGACGAUCAUGAAAUCGGAUGGAGGCUUCACGUAUGACACAUCUGACUUAGCUGCUCUUAAACACAGGUUGUGUGAAGAGAAGGCUGAUAUUCUUAUAUAUGUUGUUGAUAGUGGCCAGUCGGUGCAUUUACAAACGGUGUUUGCAGCUGGACAGAUGAUCGGCUGGUAUGAUCCCAAAGUAACCAGAGUGGCCCAUGCCGCAUUCGGAGUGGUGCUGGGAGAAGACAAGAAGAAGUUCAAAACUCGUUCAGGGGAUACAGUGCGUCUUAUAGAUCUGCUGGAAGAAGGGCUGAAACGAGCAAUGGACAAGCUGAAAGACAAGGAACGGGACAAGGUCCUCACGGCAGAAGAGCUGAAAGCUGCCCAGACAUCAGUUGCUUUUGGAUGUAUUAAAUAUGCAGAUCUCUCCCACAACAGACUAAACGAUUACGUAUUCUCCUUUGACAAGAUGCUGGAUGACCGAGGAAACACAGCUGCAUAUUUGCUAUAUGCCUUCACACGCAUCAGGGCUAUUGCUCGCCUGGCCAAUAUUGAUGAGCAGAUGCUGCGGAAGGCAGCCAGAGAGGAGGUGCUCAUCCUUGACCAUGAGAAGGAGUGGAAACUGGGCAAGUGCAUCCUGAGGUUCCCUGAGAUCCUGCAGAAGAUCCUGGAGGACUUGUUAUUGCACACGCUCUGUGACUACCUUUAUGAGCUGGCCACCACCUUCACCGAGUUCUACGACAACUGCUACUGCGUCGAGAAGGACAGGCAGAGUGGCCAGAUCGUGAAGGUGAACAUGUGGAGGCUGCUGCUGUGCGAAGCCACUGCCACCAUCAUGGCCAAAGGAUUCGACAUCCUCGGGAUUAAGCCUGUGCAGAGGAUGUAGCUGUUCCCUGUGGGGGUGACAAUAAAGGGACUAAACAACCA